AGCCCUAUUUUUCGGCCUUUGCAAUUGCUGGUAUCGAUCUUGAGCAAAGCAUGGCGCUGCUUGACGAUCCGAAUCUCUCUCUCUCUCUCGGCCAUGCAUCGCAGAUCUCGGCCUGCAGAAAAGCGGCCAGCCUCAAGUACGGCUUUCCGGUCAAGACCCCUUCUCUGCUUCAGCGGCAGCAGAAUUCUGGUCGCGGAAGCAUUCCCGGUCUGAUCGACCCUCUUUCAGCCCAUCAGCUACAAUGGACAGAGUGUUGUCAACUGGAUAGCCUACCCUACGUCAAGCAAGGAUCGACUUCUUGGUGCGCGACGCGAGGCACAUGAAGCUGAGCGCUUGCAGGACUUGGAUCGGGCUUGCGAGGAAUUGACGAGGAAACAAGUAGCAGCCGGUCCUCGGGUGAUUUCACAGCCGCCUCCCAAUCAACCACGGCAGCAAAAUGAUCGGUCUGGACAAGUUGCAGGGAAGAAGCGGAAGGCGAGUGAGGUUGAGGCCGAUCAGGAUGUCGAAGAAGACACUUCAGCGCCGGUAUCAGAUGUCUCUCUCCAGCGACCGAACACAGUGGACGAAAUGGAGUUAGAGCUGGUGCUGGGCAACGAUCCUACCUCCGCAGAGCCGAUUCUGAACGGUCUGGAAGGAGAUCGGAGAGAGGGCUAGUCUGGCAGGAGAUAAGAGGCUUGCAAUCAUUGUACCUACACACUAGUGCUCUGAUGUAUCAAUAGAACCAAG